UCAAUCCUGUAAGCCUAUUACGCGUGUGAGUGAGUUUGGAUUUUGUGAAAAGAGAGAAGAUGUGGUUGUUUGGUAGAAAAGGGCCAUCCGGGUUCUCAUCUUCUUCAACAGCCGCGGAAGUUACAGAAGGAAUUGAUGGGACUGGUCUCACUGCCAUUGUUACAGGAGCAACUAGCGGUAUUGGCACUGAAACUACACGUGUCCUUGCAUUGCAUGGGGUCCAUGUUAUUAUGGGUGUAAGGAAUAUGACUGCUGCUAGAGAUGUCAAAGAAGCAAUAGUCAAGGAAGUCCCCAAUGCUAAAGUUGAUGCCAUGGAGUUGGAUCUCAGUUCCAUGGCAUCUGUGAGGAGAUUUGCAACAGAUUUCGAUAACCAGGGUCUGCCACUGAAUCUCUUAAUAAACAAUGCAGGAAUUAUGGCAUGCCCAUUCAUGCUUUCCAAGGACAAUAUAGAGAUGCAGUUUGCUACAAAUUAUGUAGGUCAUUUUCUUUUGACUAGUCUUUUAUUGGAUACUAUGAAGAAGACAGCGCAGAAGAGUAACAGGGAAGGAAGAAUUGUAAAUGUCUCCUCAGAGGCUCACCGAUUUGCAUAUCGUGAAGGAAUUCGUUUUGACAAAAUUAAUGAUGAAUCAGGGUACAGCAGUUUUGGUGCAUAUGGUCAAUCGAAGCUUGCCAACAUUUUGCAUGCUAAUGAGCUUGCAAAACAAUUGAAGGAAGAAGGAGCGAAUAUAACUGCAAAUUCGCUUCAUCCAGGAUCAAUUGUUACAAAUCUUUUCCGUUAUAAUGGAUUCAUAAGAGGCCUUUGUAAUACGGUUGGAAAGUUCGUGCUUAAAGAUGUUAAGCAGGGAGCUGCUACGACAUGCUAUGUGGCUUUACACCCCCAAGUCCAGGGGAUAAGUGGGGAGUACUUCUCUGACAGUAACUUGGCGAAGACAACCGCACAGGGUAAGGAUAUGGAUAUGGCGAAGAAGCUCUGGGAUUUCAGCGUGAAUUUAAUUAAAUGAUGUAGCUUCUAGCCAAGCCAGACGUAUACAUGGUGAGCAAUAAGUUGUAGCCGACAGAGAAUGCUUGCCAAUAACCAAGUAAAUGUUUG